AUGAAUACUGAUUCAUUCAUUAAACAAAUUACAUCACAAUCGUUAUUUAAUUUAUUCAGUCAUAAUAAAUUAACUAAUUCAAUACAACAAUUAAACAAAUUAAUAAUUAGAAAUAAUCAAGAUUUAUUCUUUGUUUCAAAUAAUGUUGUUAGAUGUUGUCAGAUUAAUCCAUAUACUAUAAAUUAUAAAUUAGUUAAUAUUAAUGCUAGUAAUUCCGGUUAUUAUGAAAUUCAUUCUAUUUUAUUAAAUCAAACUGGAAACCUUCUUGCUAUAAUUGGUUCUUCACAAAUUGAUAUUGUUAAUCUACCAAAUAAUUUGAAAAUUGAUGGGUCAAUAUAUGUAAAUAAUUCAUCUUAUAAAAUAACUAACAUAAAAGGAGAAAUAAAGAAGGUUAUAUGGCAAAGCAUUGCUCAAAAUGAUUGUAUAUUGGUAGUUUUAAAUGAUCAAAACCAAAUUUCUGUAUUUGAUAUUUCAAAAUCAUUAAAUAUUCCUCAAUUGGAAGUCAAUUUGACAAAUAGACUACAAGGUAAUAUCACUUCAAUUACAUUUGGAUCAUCUAAGAAUCUUAUCGGUGGUUUAACAUUGUAUAUUUCAACUGAUCAAGGUGUCAUAUAUUCAAUUUUUCCAUUUAUUGCUAAAUCUACAAAAAUUGCAACUACUGAAUCAGCUAUAGAUAUUGCAUUAGAUGAUACUAAAUCAAUAAUGAGUUUAAUUCAAGACAAAUUCCCUACUAAUCUUGUGGAUAUUGCUUCUAGUCCAAUUAAUAAAGCAGUUUUAAAACAAUUUGAUUAUUUUCAAUUUUUAAAAAGUCAAAUAAAUAAAGGAAUAACAUAUAAAGAAGUAAGAAAUUUCAACAAACCUUAUGAACUAUCCGUUGUUGAACAAUCACUUAAUGGAUAUCACGAUAUUUCAAUACAGGGACCAUUAGUAUCCAGUUUUAAAAUUGAUGAUUUGACAAGUAUUUAUGAUAAUGAACAAGUUACUUUAUUAGUUUCAAUUGGAGAAAAUCUGACAAUUAAUUAUUAUGCACAAUUGAAUCCAUUAUUAAUGAAAUUUAAAUCAAUGGAAGAACAAUUAACAACCACCACCAAAAAAUCUUAUGUUAAGCCUCGGAAAGGAUUCGGAUUUAUUGAUCCUCCAGAUACAUUAACUGAACAAAAGCAAUUCUGGGAUACUGAUCUAGCUAUUUUAGAUAUUUUACAAUCUGAUAAAUUGGAUAUAUCACCUACUUCCACUUCUUAUUUUCAAAAAUUAAAUGAUGAAAAAAUGGCAAUGAUAAUAGAUAAUAAAUUCAUAUUAAUGGAUCUAGAAUGGUGUAAAAAUCUAGUUGAAUCAUUAGAAUCAGAACCAACAUUAGAAAUUUCUACAAAUUAUGAUAUUGCAAGUUCUGGAAAUGAAGUAAUUAAAGGAAGUGGAUACAUUAAAGAUGAAAUAACCUCAACGGGAGAGUAUCUUAUUAUAUUAAGAGAUAAAGAAAUUGACGAUCUUGAAGUAAUCACAAUCUCUUCAACUCAAAUUGAACCUGAAAUUAAAUUAAUAACCGACAUUCCAGAAAGAAAACAAAUUAAAUCAGUAUCAAUUUCAAAACCAUUUGAAGAAAUUGAAUCAGAAUUGGAAAAAUUAAAGAAUUUGAAAUUAGAAGGAAGUGGAGAAUUAGAUGGGUCAAUUAAAAGUUUGGAAACUUUGAAUAAAUUAUCAAAUGAUACAAAAAAGGUUUUGAGUUCUUAUACAAUUUAUGGAAUAAAACUACAAUCUAGAAUAUCAUCACAACUAGAAUUAUUGAAAUUACAAAUUGAUAAUAUCUCCAAUAUUAAAUCUAAAAAUUUCAAUACAGAACAACAGAAAAACAUCACCCAAAUUAAUGAGAAACAAGACAAGUUAAACAAGAAAUUGGAAUCAUUACAAGAGAAAAUAUACAAAAGUUUGGUCAAAAUUAAUUCAAAUCGAUCUUUACCAUUAUCAAAAUCUGAAAAAUCAUGGAUUAGUGAAAUGAAUGAGAUGAUUGAGGAGAUAAUUAAAGAUGAUAAUAGUUUGACUAAGCGUGUUGAGAAUUUAGUUAACCAGGUGAAGAUAAUUAAGGAUAAUAAUGUUGAAAUUGAUGAGUUGGAGGCUAUUAAGUUAGAUAAAAGGUUGCUGAAGAUUGUUAACUGGUUAAAAUUGGAAGAUGAUUCAAUUAUAAAUUUAAAAACUAGUGUUAAAAACUUGACCACUAAAGUGAACUAG